AUGGAUUCCCACGAUGUAGUUUUGCGCUUCAAUCGAGCCCCAACACGUACAUUCGCUGAAGAUGUUGGUGCGAAAACCACAGUGCGUCUUCUAAACUCCCAAGUGGUCACUAAGGAGGAGUUUGGCUUUCUCAAGUCCUCCCUCUACAAGAACGUCAGUCUCGUGGUGUGGGACCCAAGCAACUACUCGGCCUCUUUGGAUGAAUGGAUUCAAAGCCCUGAGCACGAUCUCUUCCCCAACUUCAUCCAGUAUAGAAAACAGGAAGCGAAACCUCGCAUCUACAUGAUCAACCCAUUGACCAUCUGGGACGUUUGGGACUUUUUGCAGAGGAACACUCGGCUUCGGUUGAGGAAAAAUCCUCCUUCCUCAGGCUUUUUAGGAAUUCGCCUACUUUUGCCUCAUUGCAACUUAGUGGACGUGGUCGAGUACGUUCCUUCCUCCAGGGUGACUAAAAGGUGCCAUUACUACGACCCAGAGCAGAACGAAGCAUGCACUUUUGGGGUGUGGCAUCCUCUUUCUGCAGAAAAACUCCUCACCUAUCACAUGAAUGAGGCUUCCGAUCAUGAGGUGUUCCAAGGUGGGUUUGUUCGGCUCCGAGGCUCCAAGAUGAUAAAAUGCUAGACUUUUCCAUACUGGAAUUUCUUUAUGUGGACUGUAUAGAAUGUCAAUAAAUUGAUUUUGUGUUAA